UUCAAGAUGGCGGAUUGCUGUCCAACCAUUACUCUGCAAUUAUAAACUACUCGUCUUUCUCGUGAGAAUCCACGCAAUUGGAUCAUGUCGAGGCUUAUUGUUAGGAACUUACCAAAGAACAUAAAGGAAGAAAGGAUUCGUUCUGUUUUUGAGGCAAAAGGAGAAUUAACGGAUGUCAAAUUAUGUUAUACAAAGGAUGGCAAGUUUCGACGAUUUGGGUUCAUUGGGUAUAAAACUGAAGAAGAAGCGAAAUCUGCUCUGAACCACUUUAAUAAAUCGUUUAUAGACACCUCAAAGAUAUUCGUAGACGUUGCUAAAAACCUUGGAGAUGAAACACUUCCACGGCCUUGGAGCAAAUAUUCGCAAGGCAGUUCUGCGAACGAGAGACUGAAGAAGAACCUCGAAGAAAAGAACGAGAAGUUAAUAACCCAGAACUCAGAAGGCAUCAAAAUAGAAAAUUGUGAAUCGGAUGGGUUAGGGAAGAAAAAAGAUAAGAAAAAGAAAAAGAGAGCGAAAAUUUUAGGUGAUCUGGAGGAUGAUGUUGAAUUUCAGGAAUUCUUAAAUGUGCAUAAAAACCGUGGCUCAAAGCAAACCUGGAGCAAUGAUAACAUAGAACGUGGAGAGCCAGAAUCAAGUUUAAAUCAGAUAUGCGAGGGAAGAGAGGAGAUUUCAGUACAGAAUAAGCAUUCUGAGGAACAAUUAAAAUAUGAUUAUUCUGAUGGAAGUGAAAAUGAAGAUGAAGUCUAUGAUGUAGCAGGAGUUAAAGGAGUUACAGAGGAAGAGAAUUAUUCAAAACACAAUGAGGAAGAUAAUGAGGAAGCCAAAAUGGCUAAGGAUUCUAAACUGUCUGAUAUGGAUUACUUAAAAUCAAAGGUUGUUUCAAACACACAGAAUCCUCUCAAAACUGAGAAAGGCAAAAAAUCUCAGAAGAGGAAAAGAGUUGAUGGAAAGGAUGAAGAGGAGAGAAAUAAAGAAAACUUUGGUGAGGAAUCUUUGGAUACUAGAAGAAGCGAAAAUGAGGAAGACAGUAAUGAUGGUGAUGAUGACAAGGAUAAUAAUGAUGGUGGUGAUGAUGAUGAUGAUGAUGGUAGUGGUGGCAGUGACACAAAUAAUAAUGAUAAGGACAGUUCAGAUGCUGUUGGUAAUGUAGAAAAAAUCAAGACUACUAGUCCAAUAGAUGCUGUAUUUGGAACAAUAAAAAUGAAAGGGUUACCCUUCAAAGCCAAAAAGAAACACAUCAGAGACUUUUUUGCACCGCUGAAAGUGCUGGAUAUAAGAAUAAUUAAAAACCACCAAGGAAAGCCCACAGGCUGCGGUUUUGUAGAUUUUUCAAAUGAGAAGGAUAUUAAAGAGGCACUCAAGAGAGAUCGGGAUUUUAUCCAGGGUAGGUACAUUGAGUUGUCUAGAGUCAAAGAAGAACAGCAAUUGAACCAGGAGACAGAGAAGAAUAAACCUUGGAUGAAGAAACUGGCAGCUCAAGGAGAAGAGGGUGAAUUUGAAAGCAUUGCAGAGUCUGGCCGUCUCUUUCUCCGCAACUUGGCCUUUAGUUGUUCAGAGGAAGACUUGCAAAACCAGUUUGACAAGUUUGGUCCUCUAACAGAGACAUAUCUACCCCUGGACAAGACUACAAAUAAACCCAUAGGAAUUGGGUUUGUCACAUUUGUUAUGCCAGAGCAUGCUGUGAAGGCUUUCAAUGAACUUGAUGGCAAAGUAUUUCAAGGAAGACUGCUCCACAUAUUACCAUCCAAGGCCAAGGAAACUAAAGAAGACGAAAAAACAGAUGCAGCAACAUCCUUCAAGUCGAAGCGUGAUGCAAAAAAGAAAACUCUUAGUGGUCAUGACCACAAUUGGAACACAUUAUUUUUGGGAAUGAAUGCUGUUGCUGAUGCGAUGGCUGAUCAAUAUCACACCACUAAGGGUAGCAUUCUAGAUGAUGCUUCUUCCAGAAGUCUGGCUGUACGCAUGGCUCUUGGGGAGACACAAGUUGUUACAGAAACAAGGAAGUUUCUCAUGUCUCAAGGUGUCAAGCUUGAUGUUUUUGGACAGCCUGCGGCAAAAAGAAGUAAGACUGUCUUGUUGGUGAAAAAUCUCCCUUUCAACACAUCAAGUGAAGAGCUGAUGAACAUUUUUUCACCGUUUGGAAAAGUGGCAAGGCUUGUGUUGCCACCAUCAGGAAUCACAGCUCUUGUAGAGUUCUUUGAGCCAAGCCUAGCAAAGAAGGCCUUUCAAAAGUUGGCAUAUAGUAAAUUUAAACAUGUUCCAUUGUACUUGGAGUGGGCUCCUUUGGGUGUUUUCUCGGAAAAACCUGAAGAAAAGAAAGAAGAGGAGAUAAAAACGGAGAAAAAAAUGAGUAUUGACGAGCAGGGAAAAGAAGCAGCAGAGGAUAAAGGAACAGAUGUUGACGGCGAGGAUGUUGAUGAUUCAGAAAAUACGGAAGGCACAACUGUUUUUGUAAAAAACUUGAAUUUUGAAACAUCAGAAGAAACGCUGAAAGAGGCAUUUUCCAAGAUCGGCCCACUUCUUACGGCAACAAUCGCCAAGAAAAAGGAUCCUAAAAAGCCUGGAAAUUUGCUUUCCAUGGGUUACGGAUUUGUAGAAUACAAGAAAAGAUCGGACGCUUUACGUGCAAUCACAGAACUCCAGAAAUCUCUCCUGGAAGGGCAUACUUUGGAGCUCAAAAUGUCACACAGAAAACCAAGUGAGAAGGUAGCACAGCGUAAAUCUGCUUCGACCAAGAAACAAACCAGUUCGAAAAUUCUGGUGCGAAAUGUUCCUUUUGAAGCGUCAAAGAAAGAAAUCAAAGAACUUUUUGGCACUUUUGGGGAGAUAAAAACGUUGAGGCUUCCUCAGAAGCAAGCUGGAACUGGUUCUCACAGAGGAUUUGCUUUUGUUGAUUUUCUCACCAAACAAGAUGCUAAACGCGCGUUUGAGUCCCUUUGUAGCAGUACCCAUUUGUAUGGGCGAAGACUGGUACUGGAAUGGGCCGAGGACGAAGACAGUGUGGAUGCUUUGCGAAAGAGAACCGCUGAACACUUUCAUGGCACUCCAAAAACCGCUAAGAAAAAGAAAGAUAUUCUGGACGAUCUUCUAGACUCAGAAAUGCACGAAUGACUGAGCAGUAUUCUGUAGCAGGCAGUCGUUACUCUACGGUUUGCUGUUGUUAUCCGCCGUAAUUACCAAGUUACGAUCGAACGAGGGAGUAAACAUACAUUUUGAGCGAGGGCCUUUCUCUAGGAACGCAUAUUCAUAUCUCGCAGACAGUAACUCGCCAUGAAUUUGCAUUUGUACCGUCGACAUCCGUGGCUUUAAUGAAGAAUCCGCUUUUAUUCUCGUCAGCUUAAUACUGGAAGAGGACAAGACUUGAAAGUCACUGCAAUCACCUCUCUGUGAUUUGGUGAGGAUAAGCAUUAAAAAUUCUCGACAGCUAUUGAGUGAAAUAAUUGAAAAUUGGUUUUAAGAAUUUACUUAUCUCUACGAGAACUUGGUGGAAGUCGAUGUGAUCCUUUCCGCGGAAAGAAAAAUUAACGGAAGGUAAAUAUAAUGGCUGUUAAUGAGACAAUUGAUAAUUACUUCUUUCUCCUGACACCUAUUUUGUGCUAGUUUGUCAGAAAUAAAGCUAAAGACUAGUUAGUUGCAAGGUUAAUGUGUUAAAAAUGAUAAAAACGGACAAAUAUUAAAACCAAAAUGUUUGGGUUGGACAAA